AUGCAUCGCUUCCUUUGUGCCGGAGCUGCGGCCGCUCCAAGCCACCGAGGGCUCACCAUUGCUCCACGUGCAAUAGAUGUGUUCUGGCGAUGGAUCAUCACUGCCCAUGGCCUGAAUUUCAAUCUUCUCUGCUGUCUUUCGUAUCCAUCGUCUUAUUCGAAUUCAUUUUCGCCAACCUUUUCCGAUUCGCUUUCCCCUAACCCGGUUUGGCCAUUUGAUCGAAGCAGUUCGAAUGCAUUUUCGUCUUUAUCGUCGUAUGCAUUACAGCCAGUGUUGAUCAGCCUGAUUUUCAAGGAAAUAUACAAACGACAAAUGGUUCUUCUCUCAAAUUGCAUCAUUCUGGCAAUUGUUUUCCUCGCCAUCUUGAUUCUGUUUGUGCGCCAGAAUUCGCUUGAUGCAGACGAAAAGCUUGCCAUUCUCAGUCUACAGAAUUCAUCGAAAUUUCCAUAUGACUUGGGUGCUUGGAAAAACAUUAGGGCUGUCUUUUCACACACCCGACUUCCCAUAGUCGCAGCUAUUUUCUGUUGCCUUUCGCGGCAAGCUGGCGAUGGCAUACAUUUUGAAAACAUUUAUGGCGCCAGCAAAGAGUUCAUAAAAUGGCCGCCCAUAGUAGAAGCCAGCUAUCUUGAUGAUGAUGAUGAUGAUUACGAUGAGGAUGAUGAUGGCAAUGAAAGCGAAGAUGGUGCAAAAACCGAAUGUAACAAUCCGAUCUGCGAGAAAAAUGGCGAUAAAUACAGCCAACAAAUACGGGACAGAAGGGAGGGCUCCAUAUCGCCUCUUACAUGCAGGGGCUCUUCCAUGUGA